UGCCUCCUCCCACGGAUUCUCCCCGGCACUUCGCUGCUCGGCGGCUCCUCACGGUUUGGGGUUUUGCAACUGGAAGCUGGCUUUUUUUCCCUCCUCCCCUGUGUAGGGCUCUCCUUCUUUUAGGCUGCUCCACCCCACCCAGGAUCAGGCCAGGGGGAACCAGCUCAGCCGCCGCUGCCAACUCGCGCCCAGCGCGUCCGCGAACUCCGGGAGCCAAGUCCCGCGUCCUGCCUGCGCGCUGCUCCUCAGUUCCCGCCGCCCGCGGCCUCCCACCCGCACCCCUUCUCCACUUUUCCCCCCUUUUGCAAUCACAUGGCAUUUUAAGAAUGCCGGAAAGAUGGCGGUAGCGGCGGCGGCGGCGGUGGCUGCGCCGGCUGGCGGGGGAGGUGACCGGGCUCAGAGGAGCGGGCUGCUGGAAGUUUUGGUGCGGGAUCGCUGGCAUAAAGUUCUGGUGAACUUGAGCGAGGACGCCCUGGUUCUGAGCUGCGAGGAGGGCGCUGCGGCGUACAAUGGCAUCGGGACUGCCACCAAUGGCUCGUUCUGCAGGGGCUCCGGGGCCGGGGGCACCGGUGUCGCUCAGCCCCCGGACUCGCCAGCAGGCGUCCGCACCGCCUUCACCGACCUGCCGGAGCAAGUCCCCGAGUCCAUCUCCAACCAGAAGCGUGGCGUGAAGGUGCUGAAGCAGGAGCUGGGCGGACUGGGCAUCAGCAUCAAAGGGGGCAAAGAGAACAAGAUGCCUAUACUCAUCAGCAAGAUCUUCAAGGGGCUGGCGGCGGAUCAGACCCAAGCCCUGUACGUGGGCGAUGCCAUCCUGUCGGUGAACGGAGCAGACCUGCGGGACGCCACCCACGAUGAGGCGGUGCAGGCGCUGAAGCGCGCGGGCAAGGAAGUGAUGCUGGAAGUGAAGUACAUGAGAGAAGCUACACCCUACGUGAAGAAAGGGUCCCCGGUGUCUGAGAUCGGCUGGGAAACGCCUCCACCUGAGUCCCCUCGGCUGGGGGGAGGCUCUGCAGAAACGCUGUCAUCGCAGUCCUUCUCCUUCCACAGAGAUCGUAAGAACAUCCCCCUCAAGAUGUGCUAUGUCACCCGAAGCAUGACCUUGGCUGACCCUGAAAACAGGCAGCUGGAAAUCCACUCCCCUGAUGCUAAGCACACGGUGAUCCUAAGGAGUAAGGACUCUGCCACCGCCCAGGCCUGGUUCAGUGCUAUCCAUUCUAAUGUCAGUGACCUGCUGACCCGCGUAAUUGCUGAGGUCAGAGAGCAGCUGGGAAAGACAGGCAUUGCUGGAAGUCGAGAGAUCAGGCAUCUUGGCUGGCUUGCAGAGAAGGUGCCAGGGGAGAGUGAGAAACAGUGGAAAGCAGCCCUGCUUGUUCUGACUGAGAAAGACCUUUUAAUCUAUGACAGCAUGCCACGACGAAAGGAAGCCUGGUUCAGCCCCGUGCACUCAUACCCUCUUCUUGCCACCAGGCUGGUCCAUUCUGGUCCAGGGAAAGGAUCACCGCAGGCUGCUAUGGAUUUGUCCUUUACAACACGAACUGGUACCAAGCAAGGAAUUGAAACACAUCUCUUCAGAGCGGAGAUCAGCAGGGACCUCUCCCACUGGACAAGGAGCAUAGUACAGGGAUGCCACAACUCGGCUGAGCUCAUUACUGAAAUCACCACUGCUUGCACCUACAGAAACCAGGAAUGUCGCUUGACCAUACAUUAUGACAAUGGAUUUUCUAUUUCCACUGAGCCACAGGAGGGUGCCUUUCCUAAGACCAUCAUACAGUCCCCUUAUGAGAAGCUCAAAAUGUCUUCAGAUGACGGAAUUAGGAUGCUCUAUCUAGAUUUUGGAGGCAAAGAAGGAGAGAUU